ACUCAUUUUCUCCAUCCCCACGGUCUCUUCCGUCGUCAAUUCAACCGGUGUAUGAGAAAAACGUAUGCUUUUAUUUGUUGCAGUAUCAGAGAGACCAACGAAGAUUUGGGAGUUCAUUUUUUCUAAGAGCUAAAUUUAAUGACAUACAAUGAGUCCUGCUUUGCUUCCCAAACAUGUUGCUGCGGUAGUAAAAUAUCAAAAAGAUCCCCUUAAAGCGCUUGAAAUGUUCAACUCAGUGAAAAAGGAAGAUGGGUUCAAGCAUACAUUGUUGACAUAUAAAUGCAUGGUUGAGAAGCUUGGGUUUCAUGGAGAAUUUGAAGCCAUGGAACGUGUACUCUUGGAGACGAGGGUCAAUAUCGAUAACAGUUUGCUAGAAGGAAUGUAUAUUGGAGCCAUUAGGAGCUAUGGAAGGAAAGGUAGGAUUCAAGAUGCUGUUAAUGUGUUUGAAAGGAUGGAUUUUUAUAACUGUGAGCCUUCUGUUCAAUCUUAUAAUGCAAUUAUGAAUGUACUGAUUGAGCAUGGCUAUUUCGAUCAAGCCCACAAAGUGUAUAUGAUGAUGAAAAAUAAAGGGAUCAAUCCAGAUGUGUAUACGUAUACCAUAAGAAUAAAGUCUUUUUGCAAGACUAGCAGGCCUCAUGUUGCAUUGAGGCUUCUUAAUAAUAUGCAUUCACAGGGGUGUGAGAUCAAUGCAGUUGCAUAUUGUACUGUUAUUGGUGGAUUUUAUGAAGAGAAUCAUCAUGUUGAAGCAUAUGAAUUGUUUGAAGACAUGCUUAUGCAAGGUAUGUGUCCCAACAUUACUACAUUUAAUAAGCUUAUACAUACCCUAUGUAAGAAGGGUGAUGUUAAAGAAAGUGAAAAGCUUUUCAACAAGGUUCUCAAGAAGGGUGUAUCUCCAAAUUUGUUUACAUUCAAUAUUUUCAUUCAAGGACUCUGUGCUAAAGGUUUGCUUGAUGAGGCUGUUAGAUUGUUAGAUGAUGUUAAGAGUGAAGGGUUAAUUCCUGAUGUUGUAACAUAUAACACAUUGAUCUAUGGCUUGUGUAAAAACUUCAAGGUUGGCAAAGCUGAGUCCUAUCUUCAUAAAAUGGUGAAUAGUGGGUUUGAACCAGAUGGAUUUACCUACAAUACUCUUAUUGAUGGAUAUUGUAAAUUAGGUAUGAUACAAAAUGCCGAUAAGAUUCUCAAAGAUGCAAUUUUCAAGGGGUUCGUCCCUGAUGAAUUCACUUAUUGCUCCUUAAUUAAUGGAUUUUGCAAUGAUGGUGAUGUAGAACGUGCCAAGGCUGUAUUUAAUGAGGCCUUGGGAAAGGGAUUAAAGCCUAGUAUUGUUUUGUACAAUACAUUGGCCAAAGGAUUGUCUCAGCAUGGACUUAUUUUGCAAGCCUUGCAGUUGAUGAAUGAAAUGUCAGACAAUGGUUGCAGCCCCGAUAUAUGGACAUAUAAUUUAAUUAUAAAUGGGUUGUGUAAAAUAGGAUGUGUAUCUGAUGCUAGUAAACUCAUGAAUGAUGCUAUUGCCAAAGGCUACCUCCCGGACAUAUUUACCUUCAAUACAUUGAUUGAUGGUUAUUGUAGACAGUUGGAUUUGAAUAAUGCUAUUGAAUUAGUAAGUAGUAUGUGGAACCACGGAGUUACUCCUGAUGUGAUCACAUAUAACACAUUGUUGAAUGGCCUUUGCAAGGCUGCAAAGUAUGCUGAUGUGAUGGACACCUUCACAGCAAUGAUGGAGAAGGGUUGUUCUCCUAACAUCAUUACAUAUAACAUUCUUGUUGAAAGCUUGUGCAAAGCUCAUAAAAUAAAUGAAGCAUUAGACUUGCUAGAGGAAAUAAAGAAGAAGGGCUUGGCUCCAGAUGUUGUUUGUUUUGGUACAUUGAUCAAAGGCUUUUGCAUUAAUGGAGAUCUUGAUGGAUCAUACCAGCUAUUUAGAAGAGCUGAACAAGACUUUAAGGUUUCUCAUACAACAUCUACAUACAAUAUCAUGAUCAAUGCUUUUUGUGAAAAGCUGAAUAUUAGUAUGGCAGAAAAAUUGUUUUUUGAGAUGAGUGAAAAUGGUAAUGUUCCAGACAGUUACACUUAUCGACUAAUGAUUGAUGGUUUUUGCAAAGUAGGGAAUAUUGAUUCUGGCUAUAAUUUCCUUCUAGAGAAGAUUGAGAAACGGCUCAUUCCGUCACUAUCGACAUUUGGUAGGGUUCUAAACUGUCUUUGUUUGAAACAUAGAAUUCAAGAUGCUGUCAGCAUCAUCUACAUUAUGGUGGAUAAAGGAAUUGUUCCUGAGGUUGUGGAUACAAUAUCCAGUGCAGAUAAAAGGGCAGUGGCAGCACCUAAGAUUGUUGUGGAAGAUCUCUUAAAGAAGAGUCAUAUAACUUAUUAUGCUUAUGAACUUCUAUAUGAUGGAAUUAGAGAUAAAAAGCUACUGAAGAAAUGGUUUCCUACCAGGUAUUCUCAUGUUUGAAAAGAAAGCAGUAAGUUUUGAUAGGUCAAUAAUGCAUAUACCGAACCCAAAGUUUUAAGAAGCCUAGAGUCCACAGCCAGCUGCAUCUGAAGGCUUCUCUCUGCAGAACUUUGUGGUUGAAGAAGGUUUAUAUAAGGAUUCAGAUGAGAUUUAGUUAUUUUCGUUUUUCAUUUACAAUCACACCUCUGCAGAGAACUCAACUUUGGCAUCACACUUCAGCAUGUGAAAAUCAAGUUUGUUGGCUCUUCCUAAUUAACUGCCGUCUUGUGAAAGCCGGGGCUUUAACUUCCAUUCUCACAGUGAAGAUAAUAUUUGUAUUUUUGUUGGCUCUGGAUGGAAAUGGUCCUUGGACAAAUCUAGAAGUUAUCGUUUGGAGACGGAUCUGAAAAAAGAUGUUAUGGAGAGGUCCCUCCUAAGUCCUAACAAUGAAGAUGUUCAACCUAGAG